ACCACUGCUAUGCAAAAAUUAGUUGAUAUAUCUCUUAUGACAAGAAUUAAUAUCUUUUACAAUGAUUAAGAAGAUAUCACUACCGAGUUCUUUAAGAUCCGGUGGUAAGGAUUCGGGUAAAGUAGUUAAGUAUACGCCGUGUAGUACUUCAAGUAGACAUCUGGACGACGACUUAGAUGAAGUGGCAGUUAUUAGCAAUGCUGCGCCAGAGAGUAUCAUUUAUGGAAGCGGACAACUGUCCACUGCUAACGGACCCCGAGUUGUUCCCGGAAUUAUUACAUCACAUUUAGGAGGUGUUAAUAUACAAAGAGAUUACAGAGCAAUGAGCACAAGCAGUGUAUCUGCGAGACCAUCAAUAUCUCAAAUACAGAUCCCAUUAUCAGUUGCUUCCACUAGUAUAGUGUCGGCCCGACCAGCGGAUGGUCAGAAAUUGAAAGUCAAAUGUGCGUCACGACAAUCCCUUAUAGACACCGUUACCGGAAAGUUUCCCCCACCGUCUGGUGGGGUCAGCAGUUUGGCCGGUGUUGGCACUUAUAUAGGCAAUGGAAGGGGUAGUGAUGCCAAAACCAAACCGCGAGGAUCUAUGGCCGGUUUAAUAACAAGAGGACACUUGAGUUCAGACUUAGAAAUACCAAAGAAAACAAGAGAAUUGCGACGAAAAGAGAUUAAAAAGGAGUUCGAGAGAUGGGAGACGUCGACGUCGACCAGUGAUAAGGGUGGCUGCAACUGGUCUUUUGUUUUUGACCCGUCGGGUCGUUUGUGUUAUUACUGGUCAAUGGUUGUGAGUGUGGCAUUUCUCUACAAUUUUUGGACUAUUAUAUACCGGUGCGCUUUUCAAGAGAUUAAUGAGAUGACAGUUACCACUUGGUUUAUAUUAGACUAUUUAUCGGAUUUUGUUUAUAUAUUGGACAUUGCGGUCCAUUUCCGGACCGGUUAUCUUGAAGAAGGUGUGCUUCAGACAGACGGCAUCAAACUUCGUCAGCAUUAUAUGAAUUGUACGAUGUUUUACAUCGACUGUCUUUGUCUUCUACCUCUAGACUUCCUAUAUUUAUCCAUUGGUUUUAAAUCAAUGUUAAGGUGUUUUCGUUUAGUAAAGAUUUACCGAUUUUGGGCUUUUCUCGACCGCACAGAAAGACACACAAACUAUCCAAAUGUUUUCAGAACUGUGUCUUUAGUUCACUAUAUUUUAGUUAUAUUUCACUGGAAUGCCUGCUUGUGUCAGAUCAUACAUCUCAACCAUGGUUUCGGUUCUCAGGACUGGUUUAUUGGCACUAAAAAUCAUAAUUAUUGUGAUGGCGUUCAAUGCGAUUACUUGCACGCAAUGUAUUGGUCUGUUUUAGCAUUAACUACAAUAGGUGAUUUGCCGACUCCGCGCACUAAAAGCGAGUACUUUUUCCUCGUCGUUGAAAUAGUCUUCGGACUCUUUCUCUUCGCCACCGUAUUGGGAUAUGUGGCCAAUAUUGUGACCAAUGUUAGCGCCGCCCGUAAAGAAUUUCAAGCCAAAUUGGAUGCCGUCAAGACAUAUAUGCGUAUGCGUCGGGUUCCGGACCACAUCCAGACUAAAGUCAUUCGUUGGUUCGACUAUUUAUGGAUGACUCAGAAAUCAUCGGAUGAAGAAAGAUCUGUUGGUUGCCUUCCAGACAAACUAAAAGCCGAAAUUGCAAUUCACGUACAUUUGGAUACUCUUAAGAGAGUUGAGAUCUUCCAGAAUACCGAAGCCGGCUUCUUAUGUGAACUGGUUCUCAGAUUAAGACCUGUCCUCUUUAGUCCCGGAGAUUAUAUCUGUAGAAAGGGAGAAGUCGGCAAAGAGAUGUAUAUUGUCAAUAGAGGCCGAUUACAAGUGGUAACAGAUAAUGGGAAAACAGUGUUAGCAACUCUGCGUGCGGGCAGUUAUUUUGGCGAAAUAAGUAUACUUAAUAUGGGAACCGCUGGUAAUCGUCGCACUGCUUCUGUUAGAAGUGUCGGAUAUAGCGAUUUAUUUUGCCUCAACAAACAGGAUAUGUGGGAUGUGCUUAAAGAUUAUCCGGCGGCCAGAGUUAGGUUAGAAGCUAUUGCUGUUAAGCGGUUAGAAAAGUAUCGCAAAGAACCGCUCAAAAAGAUUGCUAUGGGUAGGAGUAGAUCAACUCCCGGUUUGGUUGAAUCUAAAGGUAAAGUACCUGUCAGUGAAAAUCAUGUUAACCGUAAAGAGCAAACAUCGGCCUCAACGGCCACACUCUUAACAGAUGAUGAGUUGGAGAGAGAAAGAAGAGAAAAGGAAAGGGAAGGUCUGGAGAAUGAAAGUAUUGGAAGUGAUUGCAGUAAUAAAUUAGAGAACACACAGUCAUCACAAAAAGCUAAUAAUAAUUACAAUAAUAAUAAUAACGGAACCAAUAUAUCUCAAUCAGGGAGUGGAAUAAUGGGUUGUUCCCCAUUGCCCGGUCUCAUAGCCACAACUCAGUCACAAUUGUUAUAUUCGCCUCAGAUCUUAGGCCCGAACUUACAAUUAAUUAGUUACGACCGCAACUCUCCUCAGCCACAGACGGCCCUAAUUUCGGGAAGCAUUCCAUUCUAUCCGCACUCACCCGUCAGCUCAAGUAUGCCGCCGGCCUAUUGCGGUCUAAGUCCAGCCGCUUCGAGCACUCAUUUAGCCGUACCUCAUGCCAUGUCAAUGCACACACCAUCGCCGACAUUAAGUAGCGAUAGUUAUCACAUUCAGAUGUCUCAGCCAACAUGUGGUGACGCGCCUCAGGAAGCAAUGCUUUUAGCAGAAAUUAAACGCUUGAGAGAGCGUCUCAUGAGCUUAGAGACUGAAAAUGCAUCGAUGACUAUAAAAUUAAGUCAACAACAAUGGGAAGUCGAAAAUAGGUUGGCUGAAAUUGAGCUUCAAAUAUGUAAUGCAACAGCAACUGGCAGCACAUGUGGAGGAGCACCGGGAUCUCUGAGUAGUAGAUCCAGUAGUAGUGGUGAUGAAAACGAGAGAAAUAAAGAAUCUGUUAUUUAA